AUGGCGUCUGUAUCAACUUCUUCCCUAACCAUAUAUCCGCCAUCCCAUGCUUCAGAUGAACAGGAGUCGGUUUAUCUUUCCAAAACCCGAACCCUUCACUGGGUUCGUCUCGGUAUUGCUGCCACUAUCCUUAUUGCUGCCGCUGCGGUCAUUGGUUGCGAAAGUGCUCCUCUACACCGCUAUCAUGAAACCGCAAAGUACUCGACCGUGUGGCUACCUCUUUGGCCAUUGAAUCUAGAUAUCCGUCAGACCAAUGCCCUUGUAGCAUGUGGUGCUAUUAUCGCCUUUCAAGCAAUUAUAUACAUUGUUGCUUCAGUUUUGCCUUCGCCUCGUCCUCGCGCACGUCUUCUCAAUUUCCUUGCCGCUGCUAUCGCCAUAACUGGAUUGAUCACCGCUACGAUCGGCUGGCAAUCUCUUGGCAGCGUGAACGGGACUACCUCAAGUGGUCAAUCCUUAACCGCACCGACAGACUUUUCGCGCAUGUGUGUGGAGAGUCGUGCAGGUUUUGUCCUUCUCGGCUUACUUAUUGGUCUAGAGAUUAUCAUGGGCUUCGCUGCUGUCGCAGGGUACUGGCUUGAGCGUGCAGUCGUAAGGCAGCGCAAGAUGUACAACCUUGAGGCUAAUCAGUUUGUCAUGGAGCCUAAGCAGUGAGAUACGGGGCAUCACAUGUUUGACGUUUUAUCGUUAAAGUACCUGUUGUCGGACGGCUGAGUGAAUUGAUGUGAAUAGGCGACAAACAAUGGAGCGAAAGGGCGAUCUAUGUGGGAUAUGUUUCGUAUGAUACGCCUGUAUUUGAAUGAUAUAAUGAUAGGAUGCUCUAUUGGGAAUGCAUGUAUAAUGGUUUUUAAGGUUAUAACGAGGUUUUUGGUAUUAUUUGCGCUUCAGCAAUGUUUCCACUCACAUUCAAAACCCCCCUGUUGGUUUUGACCUGUAGCUCAGCUGAAUCUGUGCCCUGUAUUUGGUCAUUCAAAAUCCUGAUGGUGACAAAUGAAUAUCUAGAAAUUUGGAAAUGACAAAGGCUUUGAAC